GGGGCGGGGGGGGGGGGGGGUAACCUUUUGCAAAACAGCUGAAACCCAUCUCCUGCCUUGACGCUGUACGUGUACAAGGACAGGCUCAGAGAGUGGCACUCGGCCCCUGAACCGAAGCGGGGUAGAAGGUGUCUUGUGUUUUUAAAUCGUUUUGUUUUGGUCGGCGCAGGGGCUCACCGUGAAAGCGAGGGAGCUGUGGCAGCGCAGGUAGGGAAGGGAGCUGGCAUCUGGCGUGAACGUGUCGUUUCUGGGAUACACUUAGGAGCCAAGGAGAGGGCAUUUAAACACGUGCCUCUGUCCGGUUCACACAGAAAUCAGAUACAAAGCCCUCCCACCUCAACUCCCCAGCAUCGGAGCAAGCUGCCCACUUUUCAGAUUGCCUGUCAUUGUUGGAGACAGGAACCUGACCCCUGCGUGUGUACCAUAUACUGGAUAGGAACUUCAGCUCGCCUCCUACAAGGUCAUUUCAGCAACUCUUGAGUGUCUGACUCUGAACCUACAGCAUCCUUUUCAAGCCUGAAGCUGCUGAAUCAACCCUUGGAUUCCUUCCAUUUCGUUUUGGUGGAAAUUUUCAACCUUUUUUGUCUGUUUUUGUUUGGGGAGCAUAGGAUGUACAUUACAGUGUGAUAACUUCCCUUGGACAAGUAUCGAACGGAUUAUACAUACACCAGUAUUUAUUUACCUGUGGCACCUGCCUGGUCACUUGCUGCAUUCAACUUUGACUCACUGUGGAUCUUCAACAUUCAGAUACUGGUUGCUGCUCUCCAACUCUUUCAUCGUUUGAAGCUUCUGCUGCGGGAGUUUGGCACAAAUUUUAGUGUUCAGCACUUGGCUGAAGCUCCCAGUCUGGUCCAAGGCACCUCCAUUCAGUGCUCGCUCCAUCCUGCAGGCUCCUACUUUCUCUCUUACUCCCUCAUGGUCGUCGCUGAUUUGUGAAGCCCAACUUGCAGUCCUUCUGACCUGCACCGUGCUUUCUGCUGCUCUCCUCGCUGUGCCAAGCUAGUUCCAAUGGUGAUCACCUCCACCAGUGAAGUUGAACAGUCUCCCCCCAGCAUGCUGGCCGCCUUGCAGUCAGAAUGGAUUAAGCAGGAUCCCAUUUGUUACCUACCUGCCACCCACUGCAGCAAGAAGGCGUCUCGAAGUGGGACCAGCUCAGGAUGCAAGCCCCCGUCCUCACACUGUUUGUCUGCCUCAUUUGGCUUCACCCCCGCUGAGCCCAGCAUGUCAAACCAGCAUGGACACCUGCCUCUUGGCAACGUGCAGCCCAUGUGUGAACUGCAGGAGGUCCGGCAGGGCCAUCACUGGGGUGUGACCGCAGGCCGGGCACCCAACUCUGACCACCAGAGGGGCAACCACAGUGAGCGGAUGCUAUCGGACAUGACGAUCUUACAAAGGAGGAUCCCAGUGAGCUUUCGUGAUCCUGGGACUGCGCCCCUGAGAAAGCUGUCAGUGGAUUUGAUAAAGACGUACAAACACAUUAACGAGGUCUACUAUGCCAAGAAGAAGCGUCGCGCCCAACAUGUUCCCCCAGAUGAUUCCAGUAACAAGAAGGAGAGGAAGAUUUACAAUGACGGUUACGAUGACGAUAACUAUGAUUACAUUGUGAAGAACGGGGAGAAGUGGAUGGAGCGAUACGAGAUAGACUCCCUGAUUGGGAAGGGAUCAUUUGGGCAGGUAGUGAAGGCCUAUGAUCACCAUGAGCAGGAGUGGGUGGCCAUCAAGAUCAUCAAGAACAAGAAGGCCUUCCUGAACCAGGCCCAGAUCGAAUUGCGCCUUCUGGAGCUCAUGAACAAACAUGACACUGAGAUGAAGUAUUAUAUCGUUCACUUGAAGCGACAUUUCAUGUUCCGGAACCAUCUGUGUUUGGUUUUUGAGCUGCUGUCCUACAACCUGUAUGAUCUACUGCGAAACACCAACUUCCGUGGCGUCUCCCUCAACCUGACUCGCAAGUUUGCCCAGCAGAUGUGUACGGCCCUGCUAUUCCUGGCCACCCCUGAGCUCAGCAUCAUCCACUGUGACCUCAAGCCUGAGAACAUCCUCCUGUGCAACCCCAAACGCAGUGCCAUCAAAAUCGUUGACUUUGGCAGCUCCUGCCAGCUGGGGCAAAGGAUUUACCAAUAUAUCCAGAGCCGUUUCUAUCGCUCACCUGAAGUGCUGCUUGGCAUGCCAUAUGACCUGGCCAUUGACAUGUGGUCACUGGGCUGUAUCCUAGUGGAGAUGCACACAGGGGAGCCUCUCUUCAGUGGGUCGAAUGAGGUGGAUCAGAUGAAUAAGAUAGUGGAAGUUGUCGGAAUUCCUCCUAGCCACAUGCUGGAGCAGGCGCCCAAAGCCCGCAAGUACUUUGAGAAGCUCUCGGAUGGGCUAUGGGCCAUCAAAAAAGUGAAGGAUGUGAAGAAGGAAUACAAAGUGGCCGCUUCCCGUAAACUGCACAACAUCAUUGGUGUCGAGACGGGUGGGCCCAAUGGGCGUCGUGCUGGUGAACCAGGGCACACACCCGCGGAGUACUUGAAGUUCAAGGACUUGAUUCUAAGGAUGCUGGACUAUGAUCCCAAAACCCGAAUCACCCCUUUCUAUGCACUUCAACACAACUUCUUCAAGAAGACCUUGGAUGAAGGGACAAACACAAGUAACAGCAUCUCAGCCAGCCCCUCAUUGGGACAUAGUCAGUCAACAAGCACUGCCAGCUCUUUGUCCAGCUCAGGUGGUUCCAGUGGGUCUUCAGGUGACAACCAGAAUCAACAUUACACCAACCGUUACUUCAACCGCACCGAGGCUCAAACAGACUAUGAAAUGCACAGUCCACAGGUUCCACGGCCACCUUCGGUGCACCAUCAGCAGCUGCGGCUGUGGAGCAACGGCGACACACCAGCCAACAGCAGCAGCCUGUACCCAGCACUGCCCCCUCACCCCGCGACUGGCUCUCAACAGCAGCACCUCCAAGGUAAUGAGGAACAUCGCCUGUACCGCCUCGGGACUGCCAGAGUGGCGAUGCCUCUUCAGCAGCGCCACUACCAUCACCACCAUCGCCACCUGCUGUCUGGCUCCCCGCCCCUGGUACCUGAAGCUGCCUCCUCAGCCCACACCGCCUUCCUCCUCCUCUCCCCCCAGAGUCCGGACUCCACCCAGCGAGGAUCCUCAGGCUUGCACCUUCGGACUAGGACUGCCUUGCCUGGGCACAGCCUUUACCCUCCCGCAGUGCCCCCAGGCCCUGAUAUUGACAGCCUGCCGAGGGCUCCAAACCAGCAUCGCUACAGGCCUGAGCCAGACAGCACGCCCAUGAUGGGCUUCUGCUCCCCACAAAGUUCUGCAGCCACUUCCUGAUGAUAACUUGACACAGAAAAGAAAGUAAAAUCUAUAUAUUAUAUACAAAUGGAAAUGAAUAAAAGCCAUAAUGUUGAUCAAGUGCUGCAUGGGUCAGGGGUGGCAGCAGAUGGAAUUGGGUUGGGGGGCGCUGAGGGUCCCUGAAUAUUUCAUUGCAACCUUCUAAUCUGAGCUCAACUGUAAUUGUAAAAUUGUUUUAUUUAUUUAAUAGUCUGUGCCAGAGCUUCAACGGGCUGUUUUGUUUUAUUUUUAAGCUUGAGGUAAUCGUGGAGUUCUGCUCUGUGUCUCCAGGAGCAGUUUCCUUUGCUGUUUCUCUCAGUCAUUUCCCCCCUCCCACCCUACCACAUCCCUUCCUUACUCUGUCUCUGUCUCUCUCAUUCUUAUAUUCUCACCCUCUAUCUUGCCCUCAUGCUGUAGCUCUCUGUCUCAUGCUCCUUUCCGCGCUCACACUUUGCUUCUUGCUUUUCUGAUCCCACUGUUAGCUUUCACUCUUUAUAAAUACUGAUGCAAGGUGACUUGAUUGAAGUGAUGUGACCGUGCAGAUAGGCAGUCUUCUGGAAUCCUUUAGCCUCUGUCGCCAUGCAUCCUCCCUUUCCUUUGCUUCCUGAGUAGUCAGCAAAAUCCAUAUUGUUGGCAGGAUUCAUACAUUCAGGGUGCACGCACUAUCUCUGUCCCUCGUUCCAUCUCACUCUUCUAUCCUCCUACUCACCCUUCUAUUUGUCCCUUGCACCCCUGGCCUCUGUUUCCGCUCAAUCCUCCUGUGAUCACUCUUUUCUCCACACCUCCCUGUGGCACAUGCUCAUCCUUCCUGUAGGUUCCCGAGUCUGGCAUCACACUGACUGCUGGUUCCUUUGUGAGAAUCAAUUUGGUGUGCGUGUGCAUGUGAGAGCUCCUGCUGGUAACACAGCUCAACUCUCUAGGUCUUUUGGAGACUGCUGAAUGUCACAUUCUCUGUUUUCCCCCUUUCUUCCUAUUUUGAGGUGUGGGACAAAGUAGGGGAGACUUUGAAUAACAGUCGUAGUGUUCAGUGUUAACAGCACCCAGCCAUCUCUGGCCUUCACUCUAUUCCCCACACACACUCUCUGCGAUUGUAACUGAGAAAAAGACUCUGGGAGAUGGAGUUUCAAAUUAAUUAGGGGAGACGUGAGAAAGCAUUAAUUUCAGAGCAUAGUGACAAUUAGCCUUUUAUCUUUUUUUUAAUUUAUUGCACCAAAGACUGUCUUGAGGUAUCACUGGGAAAUGUCUGAAGAGGUGGGGAGGGUGGGGAUGGGUUAAUGUGUACAGGAUUUUAGAUUUGUCUUUUAAAAUGUCUUUUUUUUUUUCCCUAACACUGUUUUAAAAAUAUAUAAAAUUGCCAGUGAUUGAUUGUA